AUGGCAUCCCCUACUGAUAUUCGCUGGCAAGACCAAAACGUCGUCAAGAAGGAUGGCAAGUGGACAGUGGACGGGAGACCACAAGCCACCGUCGCACCAGCAUUCCAGGAAUCCCCGUCCAAUAUUCCCAACCACUAUUACUUAGGUCUCAUGGUGACAGCACCCGUCAACGCGGCGACACCGCCUCACACGCACGGUGGAGGAGCAGUCGUGGCAACUAUGAUCCGGGGCAAGAUGUUGAAUCAGAUGGUGUGCCCUCAUCAUGAUCCGAACUCUCAGGGCACUGGUCCAAAGGUAUACUCUGUCGGAGAAAGUUGGUAUGAGCCGCCCGGGUGUCAUCACGUGCGCUCCGAGAAUGUAGGCAACGAAGAAGCGCAGUUCUUAGCCGUGUUUGUUGUGUCCAAGGAGAAGGUCGACAGCGAAGGACUUGCCAGCUUAGUCGUCAUUGAUGCUGCGGUCGAGGAAGCAAAACAUGCAGCUAAAGAAUAA